GUCCUCCGCAGCAGCGGCAGACCUGGGCUAGAGACCACAACGCAGGACGAACCUCUUGAACAGAGGUGAGGUCGGACAGCUCUGAGCCUCUCUGGGACGCCUCCCCAGAGAGCUUCUCAGUAGCAGCAUCCUUGGCCUCGGUUCUGCCUGAUGUAGGGGUGCAGAGAGGAGGCCAAAGCUGCCUAGCGUGCAGCUGUGCUGUGCUUGGUGCCCUGACUAUGGCAGCUAUUCUCCUGAGUGCAAAGCCCAAGGUGCCAGUAUCUUUUGAGGAUGUGUCUGUGUACUUUACAAAGACAGAAUGGAAGCUUCUGGAUCCCAAACAGAGGAACCUCUACAAGCAGGUGAUGCUGGAGAACUACAGCCAUUUGGUGUCCGUGGGACUUGCUUUCUCCAAGCCGAAACUGAUAUCCCAGCUGGAAAAAGGGGAGAAGCCCUGGAUUACAGAGGGCACAAUGGAUCUGACUGAAGAGCCCUGCACUGGUAACAGGAUAAAGAACAAGACUUUGACUACAAAGCCCAAACUUUUUGGAAGAGGGCUCCUCGGAGACACCUCAGGAUUUUCUUUUCAGAGGCGUCCUCACGACUUCAGGCCAAAUCCCAUGAUAAGGUACCAGCACUCCAGAAUCGCCGAGAAGCGGUAUCUGUGUCAGCAGUGCGGAAAAUCCUUCAGCCGCAGCUCCAAUCUCAUUAAGCACCGAAUCGUCCACAGCAGCGAGAAACCAUAUGAAUGCAGCGAGUGCGGGAAGCUGUUCAGGCGCAGCUUAGCAUUGCUAGAGCAUCAGCGCAUCCAUAGCGGCGACAAGCCCUAUGAAUGCGGGGAGUGUGGCAAGACCUUCACGCGCAGCUCCAACCUCGUCAAGCACCAGAUCAUCCACAGCAGCGAGAUGCCAUUCGUGUGCCGCGUGUGCGGAAAGGUGUUCCGGCGCAGCUUCGCACUGCUUGAGCAUGCGCGCAUCCACAGUGGCGAGCGGCCCUAUGAGUGUGGCGAGUGCGGCAAGGCAUUCAGCCGAAGCUCCAACCUCAUUGAGCAUCAGCGCACCCACAGCGGCCGGAAGCCCUACGUCUGCCAGGAGUGUGGCAAGGCAUUCAAGGGCAUCUCGCAGCUCAUCCACCACCAGCGCAGCCACCGUAGCGACAGGCCCUUCACAUGCCCUGAGUGCGGGAAGGCCUUCCGAGGCCACUCCGGGCUCAGCCAACACCAGCGGGUGCACAGCGGCGAGAAGCCCUAUGAGUGCAGCGAGUGCGGCCGGGCCUUUGGUCGCAGAGCCAACCUCUUCAAGCAUCAGGCGGUGCAUGGUGGGGUAUGGCUUGAGCGCCGCGGUCGAGGGAAGGGGCUCCGUCGUGGCUGCAUGCUCCUGGAGCAUCGGCGGGGCCCCCGCGGGGCCCGGCCCCAGGAGGCUGGGGAAGGCAGCUCCGCCGACCCCCAGCAUAUCGACACCAAUGAAAAGCCCCAAGUGUGUGAGCGCUGUGGCCAGGUCUUUGAAAACAAGUUGCUGUUGUGUCGCCACUUGCGCAUCCACGACGACGAAGAUGACAAGAAACAGAAGCCUAUUACUGCGAGCGCCUUAGCUUUGGAGGAGGAGAAGUUCAGCCAACAUCUGAAAGCCCAGCCCGAAGAGGAAAGCGACAGCGAAAGCAGUGAAGUUUUCCUGUAUGGUGAGAGGGCCCAGGGCCCAUGUUCUCCUUGAGGCUGGAAACAAGGCAGCGAUUCAGAAUGGCAGGGUGGCCCCUUCUCCCCCUCCCCGGUGUGAAACAGAGAAGCAAUUCAUAAUGACAGGGUGCACCCCU